GCGAGGGGAGGAAAUUGCGCAUGCGGGCGUGUCUCCUGGGACUCUAAAGCAGGCGAGUGCGGGCCGCUCCGGUGGGUUUGGCAUGCGAGGGUUUCUGCAGGUCUGUGGCAAGCCUGCAUGUUACAUCACUGGCGCUUCUCGCUUUGCUUGCUUAAGAUGCCACCACGUAAGCCUCUGUUGGAGAAAUCGCCAUAGACUUUUUAAGGGCCGCAGAAUCGAGACGACCUUGGUAACUGAUUUGUACACUCCCGGCAGAUCUGCGUGCACGAGUUGGACGCAGACGUGGGUUAUAGGAGAUUGCGUUUUCCCAGCUCGCUGCUACUCUUUUGCCCCAUUAGCUUCUCAGAACGGGCCUCCCCAGGCUCAGCUGGAAGCGGAGGGGCGAAAACGCAGAAAAGCAGUUACUCUUUUCUGGCGAGGUUUCCAGAAGAGCAAGAAUAGCGACGUGAUUCUACCUGCAGCACUAUAGAGAUUGGUCCCUCUGUCUUUCCCCUCACAAUCGUGGCCUGUUCACGUUCCUGUGUUAAGUGCCAGAAUGAGUGACCGCUAUCUAGAACAAAGGAUUAGUAUCAAAUUUUGUGUGAAAUUGAACAAGUCUGCAAGUGAGACCCACCAUCUUUUAAAAGAAGCUUAUGGAGAUGAAGUCAUGUCGAGGGCCAGAGUUUUUGACUGGCACAAAAGGUUUAAAGAAGGGCGGGAGGAUGUUCGAGAUGAUGCCCGAAGUGGCCGGCCAGUUACCCACCGUACAGAUGAAAAUAUCCAGAAGGUCAAGGACUUAGUUUGUUCAAACAGGCAGUUAACAGUGAGGAUGAUGGCUGAAGAGUUAAAGUUAGAUAAAGAAACUGUUAGACUCAUUCUGAAAGAAAACUUGAACAUGAGGAAAAUUUCUGCCAAAGUUACAUUUGGUAUUUUGCAGGAUGACCCCAAACCUCGAAAACUUGACUUUCGUUCUGAUCUUUCAAAAGAAACUAGGAAACAUAGCUUGUAUGUGAAGAAAAAGGUAACAAGUUCGGAAACAUGGAGUCAUCUCCAGUGCGAAGCUGGGGGGGAAAUGCCUCUGCCUGUGCCCCAUCCCAGAAUCCACUAUCCUACGAGCCAGCUUCUGCAGCCAUCACCUUCUACAAGCCUUCCCACCAGGGCAGCUCAGGACUGGUUCCCACCCUGGUGAAAGGACUGGGAGGCAGCUGAACCUGAGCUCCAACGCUGCCUCACUGUAAGGCACCUUCAUUUGCUGCACGUUUUCAGUCUUCUCUACCACCUCUCCCUACAUGUCAUGGCUCUUCUGGUUACUCUUUUCUGGACUGUUGGGUCAUCUCCCUGGCUGUUCACAACGUUGAAGAACUUUUGGCUGUUGACUUCUGGUUCUUGCUUGUUCUUGAUUUCUUUGGCUUCACAAAUUUGGAUCUCUUCACUGCCCAGAUCUUAUUGUGUUGUGGCUGUCCUGUUCCUUUGUUCUCAGCAUUCUGCCUCAGGGGACCAUACCAGUGAGAGGUGGGAACAAGGUCUCCUGGAGUCUAUAUCUCUGUGCCCACGGAGGCAUACUCUUCUGGGAGGACCCCAAGAGAAGGCCUCCAGUUCCGGCCUGCUUCACAGUCAGGGUCUGAGGUACGGGACAGAAGGCAGGGGCACGCUGACAGUGAGCGAUGCGGAGUGCCAAUCCAGUACACAUGAUUCAGUGGGAGCCCCUCAGAACUUGGAUGGGCCACUCCCACUGAGCUCACAGACCUAUCCCUCACAAAAGACCUACAUUUAUUUCAUUCUAGGCCUGUGCUUUGGACCUCCCACUCAUUUGGGUAUCCCUUCUUCUGGAAGAGGAGGAUCUGGUCCUAGAAAGUAUAACCAGGGGACUCGGGCCCAGGAUGUGAUGUGUGGUAGGAAGACCAGGUGAUACUCUAGACCCUCCAUUAAGGGAGUCUGCUGCCUAAGGGCUGAUUCUCACACAGCAGCCUGUUUUUAAUAACUAAGGCCAACAUUUUCAAGUGCUUUCGGAGCACCUGCAGUUUUUAGAACACUGAUGAGAAUUGACAGUGAGAAGUUAUGAAACAAGAUCACCACGGGUUGGGUGGAUUUCAUGGAUGAGGUGGCUCUUGAAUUGGAUCUAUAAGGAAAGAUGGGACAAGGGGCUAGGAAAUGAGGGAAAGCUUCCCGGUCGGGUGGAACAGCAUGAGGCUUCAAACCUGAAUUAGUAGGGAAGUGAUGGCACUUUUGGCUGAAAUAACAAUGUAUAAAGAUGCAGAUAAUGAUGUUGCAGAAGAUAACAAUUUGGGAUAAUUUGCUUCCUUUCUUCUGCCUCCAACUCUGUGCCAGUUUAUAAAUUGCUUUCCCCUGAGUCUGUGGACAAGUUAUAAUAACCCACUUAUUUGCAAAAUUUCCCAUCAACACCCCUCCCCAAAGCAAUCUCUAUGAGUUCAAACUCCUUUAUCUCUUCCUGCCUCUCUGCCAGGAUUUAUGGAAUGAAACUUUUCCCAAGUGAGUUCCAAAUGCUACCACAUAGACGGGGAACAUCUCAGAAUGCCUGGUGGAGGUGCAGGAAGGGGAAUGGUUAGCAAUAGCAUUUCAUGGGAUUCGCCAAUGUCUCAGAUUCACCCAAGGAUUUUUACACUUAACAUCUAUUAUUUAAUAAGUUGGUAAACAAUAUUGGUUGAUGGUAGAGGCCCAACACUUAAUUAUUCAACAGUUAUUUUUAGUUCUCUUCUUUCACUGCAUCCCCUUCAAAAAAUUACAAUUUCCCCACUAAUACCUGUCAAUUUUGAGGCACCCCAAAACCUAGACCUUAUCCCCCAAAUAAAAGAUAAUUGUGCAAGAAAACUCAAACCAAGCAACAGCUUACAGACGUCUACCAACUUAGCCAUUUCUAGACACUCCAUUUAGGGACCAUUACAUCUUCCUACAUCAGAUGAUGCCCUGGGUUCCCCAGAAGCACUUCCCACUGCACCCUGGAACAAAGGCGCCAUGGUUAGCUAUUGCAACUUUGUAGCUGAACCUCAUACUAAUCUUUGCUCAAGCCAAGUGGUAAUUGUUACAGAGUUGUGUGUUCCUGGGCCAGGGCCAGGAACCCACAACAGUACCUGCAGGCAUUGUCUCCAAUAUAUUAUAAUGCAGAGAUCCCGAGAAAACUUGUUUCUGGACUUAUUCCAGUCCUGUGCACAGAGCUAGAGUGACCCUUCCAAAGGUACUGGCCCAAGACCAUGCUGGAGUGUGGGGUACCAGGAGCAGUGCUGGCCCAGACAAGGUUUAGACACAGCAUCCAGAGACACAGGUCAUCAGGAGUCUGAGUUCAAAUUAUUCAAAUAGCUAUAAUGAAAAGGACUUAAGUUACUACCUUAGAUUAUUUGCUGAGUAAAAGUCACGUCAAACCCAUUGCUCAUUUGCAACGUUUCUCAGAAAAUAUUCAAUGAGAUGAUAACUCGAACGUGCUUCAGCUUUGGGGGAAGUAGAAUUACUGCUAUAACUCACCCAGAGCAAACCAUUCACACUCAGAAUCACUAAACCCCAGACUAGAGCAUGAUCUAGGAGUACCCCCAGAUGGGAGAGUUCUCGUAGAACAGUAUCCCUUAUGUGCCCACCCACCAAAUCUGUUUCGUUGCUGACAUGAAUUUUACCUUGGCCUGCAACUUGCUGCCCAGGGCUCUUGAGCUGAUCCUAUGUUCUCAUGGAUCCUCCAUCCUCUUGCCUCAGCCUCUUGUCCUUGGCUUUUCUCACACACGUCUCACUUUAUUCUCCACCAGUUUGCUCUUGCUCCUCUGUUUCCCUGGUGCUUUGUGUUCUGGUUCUGGACCACACCUCCCUCCAGUAGCUGCUUUUGGUCUCUUUCAUGUCCUGAUCUUGAAUCGCCCUUUUGGUCAAGGUUUUUCACUCAAUUCGCAACUCCACUCUGCUCUGAAUUUUGGAUCCCUCCUCUAGCUCCGACGUCAGCCCUAUAGUCUUGAGGAAGGAAAUUGUUCUAGCCCUAAUUGUUCUAGGCCUUGCUAUUCUCAGGCAGUGAGGUGAGCAACAUGGGGGAGUGUGUUCUUGUUUUUGAUAAGAGGCAAACAGAGAAGGAAAUAAACGCUCUCUCUCCCACCCUGAGCCACCAGCGGUUCCACUCCCCAGCAGCAACCAGUGUUCACCAUUUUCUUAAGGAGGCAAUUUGGUUACCUCUCUGGUACUCAGGAGUCAUGAAAAUUUUUCAGAGAUGUAACAUCCAACUCCCAUUCUCCCAGCAAGUGUAUUUUCCCCGACAAGAGAAGCUCCACCUCAUCAUAGGAGAUGAAGCCUGGCUCUCUAAGAUGUCAGGAGGAGAACUGACUAUUUGCAAACCUUGACUAUAAUCCUUGAGCUCAAAACAAUCAGUCACUGAAUCUCUUUGGUUUUCAGGCCGAUCUCCCUGCCCCUCUCCAUUCUGGUUCAAAAUCCACAUGGAGUGUCGAAUGCCCCAGCCGAAAGUCCAGAGGAAUAGACUCCUUCCAGGCAGAUCAUCCCAUCACUGAUCUUAUCUAAUUUUUCCCUCCACCCAUUACCCUACCCUAUUUUAUCCACCUGUCCCACUGGUAAUGAUCAAACACAGAAUGAAUAAAAUGUUCACCAGUCUUUGAUUUUGAAACACCUGUACGUAGUUCAGCAGUCUUCUGCGUUCUGCCCCCAGCUCUGAAUCCUUACUGAGAGGUUAUUAUUUGGGAAGAAUGUGUACCUGGGGCCUGCUUUCCAGAGCCUUCCUUUCAGAUCCAUUUCUUAGUUAGAAUUCAUACGUGCCAUUACAGAUGCACAGAUACAUCUGGAUGCUAAGUGAUGUGAGGAUAUCUAGUAAAGAAGCAGGGUAGGGUAGUAUUAGGGAACCGUCACUGUAUCACAGUGACACUGUUCGGCCAGCCUGCUAUUUGCAGACAUCAUUGGCAACAAAUCUCACUAGGCUCCUUGGGAUUGCAUCUCACCAGGGUCUCAUGUGGCUCAAUUAGUAAGAGCUUCCUUUGCUGCUGCAGUGGUAUAUGUAAACCCUGUGUUUUAUUGCUUAGUUGGAUCAGACCGCUCAGAUUUUACCGGGCCUUUACAUCCUAUCCGAGGCAACCCUCAUGUAUUUAUCUUCUAUAAUCUCUGCCUUAUUAGAUCCUUGCAAACACUGUCCCAGCUGCAUCACCCUUCUCCCAGUAUUGAUAUUCAGAAACAAAAAAAAUCUGUAAUUGGAAACUUCAAUACUUCCAAGGACCCACUUGGGUCCAGUGAAGGGGUCAGAAAGGAAAUGUCUUAGAAUUUGUGGGCCAUACAGUCUCUGUUAUAACUACUCAACAUUUUAUUGCAAAAGCAGGCAUAGCCAAUACAGAAACAGAUGAGCACGGCUAUGUCCUAAAAAAAACCUUUAUUGAUGGAUACUGGAAUUUGAAUUUCAUGUAAUUUUCACGGGUUAAAAUAUUAUUGUGAUUUUUUUCAACCAUUUAAAAAUGUGAAAGCUAUUCUUACUCCUCUUAGCAUGUACAUUGUAGAAAAACAGAUUUGGGCCCCAGACCAUAGUUUGCCAAGCCCUGGCCUAGUGUAUAUCACGUGUGUGUAUAAAAUGACACAAUUGAUCGUUUUCCAUCAAUAACAUUGUUAAUGCCAAAUUGACCAGGCAGCGUCUGACAAUUUACUCUGUAGAAAUUGUGGAAUAUUGAAGGGAAUAUUUAUGGUACCAGGAGAGUGAACUAGAGCUGAAUGAUCGACUAUUUUACCUUAACCCUAUUCCAGUUCACAAAAUGAGUUUUGUGUCGUUUUUAACUAAGAAUGAUGUUAUACAAACUACUACCUAUAUAUUUCCUUGUAAUAUCUCAAAAACAAUUUUGGCAGUAUUGCAAAUGAUACGAAGUUGCCACCAGUGAUAACAGAAUGAACUGAAAUUAGUUCC